AUGGCGGCGCCGGACAAGGGAAAGAGACCCAGGCUCGAUGACGAGCAAGACUCUGACCUUUACCCCAAUCGCUAUGUUAAUCUCCGUAUCGAGCAGUUGCGGGAGAUUCAGGAGGAACUUAACAAGAUCGCUGAAGAAGCUGCUGAAAAGGUGUUAGAAGUUCAUGAAAAGUUUGCUAAUUUGAAGAGGCCUAUUUAUGACAAGAGGGAUGAGCUAAUCAAAUCUAUACCUGAAUUAUGGUUGACUACGAUACUUAGCUAUUUGAAUUCUAUUGAGAUGAACGAGUUUAAAGGGGAGGGAGCAGGAUAUGGCUACUCAAUCAUUUUUCAUUUUAAGGAGAAUCCUUAUUUUGAAGAUGAAACGCUGACCAAAACUUUUACAUUUUUGGAGAACCAAAUACCAGAUAAAAUAACUGGUGCAACCAUCAAGUGGAAGGAAGGCAUGGGUAACGCUAAUGGAGUUGGCAUCACACAAGAGGAAAGAAGCGGGCACUGA